UCAACGAAGGAACAUUACGUCAACAUAUCAGUUUCUGUUUUGCUGAAUUGGGAAUUUUCGGACGGAACAACCAACUGUUUUCAACCCCUAAAAUCGGCCACUUUUUGGUCGGUGUCCGAUACAUAGUAACAUUGACACUGACACUGUGUCCUGGGUCGCAUAUUUGACUUUCUAGAAGCGGGAUUUGCCCCACGAAAACGGGUAAAAUGGGGCGAGACUCACAAUCACACCCUUCGUGUUGUUUCUGUCUUCACGUUCGGACGGGCUCCAUUUUGAUUGCGUUAUGGCACAUGGUUGGGCAGGUAUGUGCCAUGCUAUUGAUUGCCUCCAUGAUCAUCAAGGGCAGUGAUGAGGGCAACACUGAUAAAGAUGGUGGUUCCAUCUUUUCCAUUGAGAACCAACACGAUGCAUCGGACUACUGUGUUGGACUGGUCAUCGUGUUCUGCUAUUUCCUCAUCACCAGUAUGAUGAUCAAGGGAGUGGCACAGUACCAGUCCAGCUACCUGCUGCCGUUUUUCUGCCUGCAGUUGUUCGAUUUCUUCAUCACAUGCCUGACUGCAAUCGGCCUGAUGUCCUACUAUCCAGAUUACGACUACGAGGACACUGGCAAGUUUCCCUACAACCAGGAGUUCAUGCACUGGAAGGAGCGUUUCCCCGUCAAUAAGUUUGAUAUUGACAACCAGUGGUUUAUGCUGAUUGCCCUGGUGCUCUUCCUGUUCAUCAUGAUGGUCAAGGCCUACUGCAUUGCCUGUGUGUGGUCCUGCUACAAGUACAUUGCAGCACGUGAGAUCGGGGACAACGUGAGCUCCAAUAACUAUGCCAUGGAUGCUGAGGCCCUGCUGCCCAAGCUGCCAAAUUAUGAUGAUGCCAUCAAGACUCCCUCGGAGAAACCUCCGCCAUACGAGGAGUAGAUUCUCGUUCACAUCAAAUGUAAAGGCAUUUAUUCCACAAAGAUUUCCUCGACUGCAAAUGUAUUGAAGAAAGUGUACGCUAAGCAACUUCAGUCUCAACAUAUUUCAGUUCAGUUCAAUUCAGUUGACAUUUAUUUAGAACUCUCCAAUGAACCAAUACAAAGUUGGAUAAUAUAAGUAUAAUACAGUGAUAU